AUGGCCUUGUGGAUAACCAGCGGGGAAGGCCACGAGAAUGGGAAUGUCUUCUUGGUGAACUCCGGGGAGAGGUUGAGGCACGUCCCAGCGCCAGAAAGAUGGACGGAGGCAAGGAGGAUAUCUCUCGUGCACAAUAGGAUUGGUGUGCUCCCUGAGGAGCCAGCUCAGAUGCAUAAUCUGAAGACGCUGUUGCUGAACGGAAAAUAUCGUCUGAGGGACAUCGACCGAGGGUUUUUCCAGUUCAUGCCGGAACUUCUUGUUUUGGAUCUGUCGAACACGGGAAUAAGGCUUCUUCCACCGGAAAUCGGGUCACGGCUUGAAACUGCGGUUUCUCAAUCUAUCAUGAACUGGCCUUGA